GUUUCUAGGUGGAGCAUUAUGUGGGCCAUGUCCGUAGUCUCACAGCAGAGCGAGAUGCUUUCACCACUGAGUUUGAAAAAGAAAAUGAACAACUCAGAAUUGAGUUUACACAACUGCAACUCCAGCAGGAAGCCCAGCUGAAGGAGGUAGAGGAAAUGCUGGCACAGGAAGGCUUGUCCAAGAUAGCUCAAAGCAGUCCCAGUGAACAGAUUGCUUAUUUACUGGUAGAAAGAACUACGCUGUUGGAGAAACUAGAGAUUGCAGAUCAAAAGCUGGAUUCACAUAGCUACAUAGAUGGACUGUGUGCAGCACAACUUCAGGAUAAGUUUGAUCAUAUCCACCAGAUGUUAGAAGAUGAACUUCAGCAACAGUGUGAAUCCAUGCACCAUACUAAAGAGACAAUGAAUAAGUCCCGUAAUGAAGAGCUGGAAAGAGAGAAAGUGUUACGAAAGUGGGUUGAGCGAGACCUGGAUGAGGCCGCACGAAGGCUGCAGAUGGCUCACGAAGAGAUCCGCAGGCUAACAGACGAACUGGACAUGCUGAAAAAGGAGCAAAGCAAACUGGAUCCUGCUUUGCAGCUGGCCCCACAAACAUCUGAGAGCUGGAGAGAAGAGACGAAUAAGCUGAAAGACAGUGAUAGGACUGAGCUGCAGAAGGCCAUGGAACACAACAACAGACUGGACAAGGAAAUUCUAGCAUUGCGCAGUCGGGUCCGAUCGCUUGACUCUGAAAGAAAAGUGUUCCUAGAACUGGUUGAAAAGCUCAAAGAAGAGAUUUGUGAGUAUCAAAAGAAUGAGAAACCAGGACUUGUAUUGCCUGGAAUGGAUGAAACAGAAGAAAACACAUGUUGCUCACUGCAGGAUAAAAAAGAUCCAGCGAGGUUUGAAGAAGAGUGUGCUGUAGACAAAGCUGACUUAGGUCAGGAAAGAAGAGAUCAGAAUAAUGAGACUGUUCAUAAAAGGUGCCGAAAGGUAAUAGACAACAAUGAGGGCAGGAAUUUUCAGCUUCUGCACAAGCUACAGAAGCUGCAGCGAGAACACGAGGAUUUGGUUGAAUGUAAUGAAGAGUUAGAAUCGAUUCUGGGAGAAACUCAGAACCAAACCAGAGAAGACAGAGAACAUCUUGAGGGUGAGAUUGAAGGACUUCACAGGAAAGUCUCUGAGCUCUCACAGGAAUGUGAACAGUUAAACCAGCUUGUAGUGAAUCAGAAGACAGAUGAAAACUUUACAAUAAGUGAAAGGACAUAUAAAGAGCUUAUGACUAAAGCAAGAAUAUUGGAAGAACAGAUCCAAAUCCUGGGAGGAGAGAGAGAGCAAUUAUGUACCAAGCUAUUAGAGAGCAAGAAGAAAACAGAGGAGUUAGAAAAGCAGGUGAAGGGGAGCAAUGAAGAAAAACAACUGUUAUUGGAAGAAAAUGCCCAGCUAAGACAAGACAUCCUGGCUACAAGGGAACAAUUUCACAGCAAGAUAAAAGAGGCUGUAAGCAUUAAAUCUGAGACGAGCCAAGAGACCCAGCCUCUCAAACCCCGGAGCUCUGAAUGUAACACAGCAUUAAACAUGAGCAUUAAACAGUAUCUGUCUGGAGAGAGACUCCUGCAGCAGCAUCAGGAGGAAAUGCAACAACUGAGACAGGAUUUCCACAGAGUUCAGAAUUUGUGCAGCUCAGCUGAGAAAGAGCUGAGAUAUGAAAGGGAGAAAAACUUGGACUUAAAGAAGUAUAAUAUCUUGCUCCAGCAAGAAAGCACCAAGGUCAAAGCUGAACUGAGACAAGUCCAGUUGAAGUUAACCGACUCAACCAAAAUGUGCUCCUCUCUCACUGUGCAAUGGGAGCACAGUCAGCAGAAGGUCAAAGAACUUGAACUAGAGCUUCUGAAGCAUUCCCAGAGUAGUAAACUGCAGAGCAGUCUGCAGGAGAAACUUGCAUUGGAGAAAUCUAGGGCUACUGAUGCAGAGAAAAAGGUUUUGGAGCUACAGCAAAAACUGAUGGAGUCCCAACACCAGCUCUGCCUAACUGAGACCCAUGUUUUGGGCAGGAAGCAAAUGGAGGAGGAGUUAAAGGAGGCCCAAGAAAGGGAAACUCAGCUGCGGCGGCAGCUCCAGGAAGAGCAGCGGAAAAGGAAGCUCCUGGAUCAGCAUGCAGAGGAGCUGCAGCAACAGCUCAGACACUCACAUGAGACUGAGACUUUGCUGGCCAAGACUCAUGCUGAGCUGCAGGUCAGGUUUCAGCAGCAGGAGACACAACUGCAUAUAUUAGAAGAUGAAAAAAAAACAGCAUCAAAUGAGCAUCUCCAUUGUCAAAAAAACAGUCAGAACCUUUCAGAGCAGCUAUCGCUGUUGCAGCAGGAGAAGGAAACCCUCCACGAGGAAUAUGAUCGUCUCCUGAAGCAGCUUGACAUCUACGUCAGGAAACACAAUGAGCGGCAACUCCGCCAUAAAGCCAAGCUCCGCAGAGCCAAGGAGAUAUUUGUUCAUGAAGUGAAGCAAAGAGAUGUGAGGAUUAAACAGCUUGAAAGUGAAAUUGUGCUGUCCAGGAGCCAGACGGGAAAGGAACAUGCAUUGAUCAGACAGAUCACCACGGAGAAUGAGAAUUUGCUCCAAGAGAAAAGAGAACUCUUACAGCAGCUUAAUGAACAGGAAGAAGUUGGAUGGAACAACAAAUGGAUCAUUUCCACAAUCCAGAACAGAGUGCAGUUCCUGGAUGAAGAAAACAAGCGACUCCAGGAAAGCACCCUGCAGCUUUCUGGUCAGGUUGGCAUUCUGGAGCGCACUCUGAGGAACAUCCACACCCACAGUUUAAAGGACAUCAGGAGCAUUGGCUUCUCUGAAUGCCACCUGCUAAGUAAGAUGUUGCCACGUCCAAACACAAGCUUCUCAGUGACAGAGCUGUCAAACUCCCACGGCAUUCUGAGAGCCAUUCAAGAUGUCAAGCCUGAAGAAGGAACCGAGACCCCAAAGUCCAUGUUUUCUUUAUCACCUUCUCAGCCUUCUGAGAUUGGUUACUUAAAUGUGGCUUCCCCUGGAGACACCACAAACUUCCCAACGCAACCUCAGAGUCCAAGCUUCAGCUGCAAUAGCAUCUAAGAGGGACUACAAGGAGCUGCUCUCUGCUUGGACUGCGGCUGUUGGUUUCCUGCUGCAAUGGGCCACGCAUCCAGCUGGAUCAAUGUGUGUCUAAUAACUCGUUCAAUUAACUUCGUGAUUUUCUCAGCUGUUAUUUGACAGCUGUUGUGUCAAUCACUUGCCUGGCUCUAGCGUCUCAUCCCAGAUCUCCCUGGAAUUUUUACAUUCACAGAUUUAAUUACAAAAGGUUUUUUUAAAAGGGGUGUUUGUCAUUUGGUCUCACCUUGUGUGAUCUAGACAUGUUCACAGGCUGGGGCCCCAAUCCUGCUGCCGCAUGGGCCCACCUGCACUCACAGCAGGGCCAAGGCCCUGAUCCUGCCCUCCUCAUAGGUCUGCCCUGCCAAGGCAGGAUUAAACUUUUGUGGGCCUGAUGCCAAAUAUAUUUGUGAGCCCUCAUGCAGUCGUUAUGGACCCUUUCUAAGUGUGGGCCCAGCGUGAC